AUGAAGUCCUUAUCACCAGCCCUCGCGUCUCUCGCGAAUGUCUUCAAGAUCCCCAUGUCGAUGGCGCCGGUCCGCCCAUCAAUUUCCCGGGCGUGCCACGAGACCCUGAACCGCCAAACACAACAGCCCGGCCCGGUCACAGCAACCCUGCAAUCAGCGCCAUUCUCGACGACAAGCGCAAUGGCCGCAAGAAAGGCCAACAACGGCCCUGUAGUUGAUAAGCGCAUUACUCUGAUCCGCUACUUCCUCCACCACCCUCUCACCCCCCGUCCCCUCCGCUUCUCCCGCAACCGUUACCUCCGUCACUGGACCAUCCACCGCGCCUGGCAAUUGUUCCAGGCCCAGCAGCGCCGCAAGCAUGAACUCGAGAUGAUGCGCCAGUACCAGAGCAUGCAAGAUGCGUGUGAGGAGCUGCGCACUGGAGCGGGAGAUGGAGGAAAGCUGUUCCGCGUCUCGAUGAACAAGAAGGGCAUCUUCACUGAUAUGUUCCCUAUUGAGUAUGCUCGCAUGCAGACUGAGUCUCCUCCUGCUGAUGGAUGGAACUACGACUGGAAGAAGCCUGUUCGGAAGUAG